AUGUCGACUGGAGAGGAGCUUGUGGAUCUUGGUGGAGAGCCAGGAGAAAUUUUUGUGGUUCCCAGAGAAGAGGAGGAGGAACUAGGCACCGUGGAGAGAAGAGGAGGAGGAACUAGGCACCGUGGAGGUACCAGGGGCAUCCACCAACCUCGCUGCUUGUGCGCCCAUGGGGCUGUCCGUGGUGGGGGCACUGAUAGUGGACGUGCAAGGUCUUGGGUGAUAGAGGAGGCAUUGGGCAGCUUGGGUGAGCAAGGGGCCUUGGGCGCGAGUAGUGGGCGAGUAGCCUGCUCGUAUAGGUGGGAAGGGGCGAUCAGUUCAAGCGGCAGACGAGUAGGGGGGAGAUUGGGCGAGCAGCCUACUCGCAUUAGGGGUAUGCAUGGUGAUAGGAGCAAUGAUGGGCGAACAGUCCAUGUGAUUGGUGAGGCUGACCAUAGGCAAGUAGCCCAUAUGAUUGGUGAGGCUAACCAUGGGCAAGCAGCCCACGUGAUUAGCGAGCUGGACAAGAGAGCAAUUGCUGUUUGCGCGAGGGAGAAAGUACCGGGUGAGGCUGUCUUGGCGACAGGAGUUGGUGGGCGCACCGAAGGGGGUUUGGGCAAGGCAUCCCUGUAG